GCGUAGGGCGGUGUCGAGUUUUGCGCGUAGUCGGCUUCUUGCCGGAAGUGGGAAGAGGAGAAGGCCGCGUUGCAUUAUUUAGGGAACUUUAACUUUAUUACUAGGAUGGAUUAUAACUGAAAAGCUUCAAAGUACUCGGAUGAAUAUAAUUCUCCGCUUUGCGAGAAGAGGCUCGAGCGUGCAGUGGUGUGUUUCUGCAGUGCAUUCUGUGCUUUGCUUGAUAGGAGACUCAGAAUCCAGUUCUAUUUUUGGCUUAUCAGUCACCAUGGAGGCACCUCCAGUCACCAUGAUGCCUGUCACUGGAGGCACCAUUAACAUGAUGGAAUACCUGCUGCAGGGAAGUGUUUUAGAUCAAAGCUUGGACAGCCUCAGCCACCGCCUUCGUGGUUUGUGUGAUAACAUGGAACCUGAGUCUUUCCUUGACCAUGAGAUGGUAUUCCUCCUUAAGGGCCAGCAGGCCAGCCCCUUUGUUCUAAGAGCCCGGCGCUCUAUAGAUAGGACAGGGUCACCCUGGCAUCUGCGCUACCUGGGACAGCCAGAAAUGGGAGACAAGAACCGCCAUGCCCUGGUACGAAACUGUGUGGACAUUGCAACAUCUGAGAACCUCACGGACUUCCUGAUGGAAAUGGGCUUCCGCAUGGACCAUGAGUAUGUUGCCAAGGGACAGUUGUUCCGUAAAGGCAUCAUGAAGAUUAUGGUGUACAAGAUCUUCCGAAUUCUGGUGCCAGGGAACACAGACAGCAUUGAGCCCUUGUCACUCUCCUACCUUGUGGAAUUAAGUGUUGUCGCACCAGCGGGACAAGACAUUGUCUCUGAUGACAUGAGGAACUUUGCUGAGCAGCUGAAACCUCUGGUUCACCUAGAGAAAAUAGACCCCAAAAGGCUCAUGUGACUAAGACAGUCCUUUCCCCAUUGGGGCUUGUCGUCACCUGUUACAAAGAAGAUGAUGUUAUAAAUGCCCUGUUUGACCACUGCCAGCCAGGCAUUCUUUCCUCAGGAAAGAGAACAGUGAGAACCUGGUUCUUUGCACUGUGUUCCUCAUGUGGCAAGUUCACUUUUGUGAGAGCCUGGGAAAAAAAUUAAAGGCUCAGGAUAACAUGGAGAAUCUAUCUAAUCUUUCUGCAUAAAGAGGGAGAACUGGAGUAAAUCAGCUUUUGGAAAGAAAAAUCUUAUAGAUUGUUUUGCCAUUUGUGCGUAAGGUUUGUAAGAUAGAGGCUAUGAGCUUGUAUUGUGUGGUAACCGAGGCUGUGAAGAGAAAUAUCUGUAGUUUUGAUUAUUACUCUGCUAAUUUGGGGGUGGAUUCAUUACCAGUUAGAACAAAAAAACCUGACAGUUUUUAGUUUUAAUUUUGAUAGAGAUGAUAGUUUUUACCUUUAAUAAAAGCUUGUUGAAAAAUUUUUAAAUACAGAAAAAUUAAAAACCCUAUAAUCCUAUUAUUCAGAGACGUACCAUUUAUAUUUCAGUAUGUAUCCUUGUCUUUAGUUGUAAAUUUGUGUAUAUGAGAUAUUUUAUAGAAAUAUUCUGUAUAUACUGGGUUGUACCCUUUUUUGUUUAUCAUUAACAUCUUUCUAGGGCAGUAGCUACAGUGUCCUUAUGUAAAAACAAACCAAAAAAAUGGGUUUAUUGAGUUCUUAUUAUAUGUCACUGCUAUCCUAAAUGCUUCAGGAAUGGUAAUUAACUUAAGCUUCACAACAGAACCAUUUUAUAAACAGGGAAAAUGAGGCACAGAGAGAUUAGCUUUCUCUGGGCUGCACAGCUACUAAUUAGAGCUGGCAUUUAAAUACUGAUGAUAUAAUUUUUAUUUGUAUUGUACCCAACAGAUUUUCCAUAAUUUAAUUGAUGCCCCUACUUUGGGAUUUUUAGUUUGAUCCCAAUGUUUUACUUUUAUAAACAGUCCUGUAAUACUAUUGCUUUUAAUUGAAUCUUUGUUGACAUCUAUGAUUAUUGUUUAGGAUAAGUUCUAGGGAACUGCUGAGUCAGAGUGUAUAUAUAUAUAUGUACACUAUUUUAAGACUUCUGUGCAUUGCCAAAUGCCUUCCAGAAAUGUCCCAGUUUUCACUCCUACCAGCUGUAAGGUUUCCAACGCUGUUGCCAAAACUGGGUGUGACCAUGAAAAUUUGUGUUUAUCCCAUUUGAUGAUAGGUGGUUACUAGUUUUAAUUUUCUCUUGAAAACAUUCAUCAGUGAAUAUUUAAAAAUUUUUAAUUGGAUAUUUUUCUCCUACAUGAAUUCCCUUUUCUUCAUUGAUUGUUCAACUUUAUUAAUUAUUAAAGAGCCUUUACAUAAUUUUCCCAUCUGUCAUUUGACAUCUAACAAAAUUUUUUAAAGUAACAAUUCUUAGUGGGAUAAAUGUUGAUCAUUUUAAUACAUUUAAUAUACUGGAAAGAGCUUGGCUUACUAAAAAUUGUAAGUGACUCAAAAUUUUCAUUUUCUUCUGGAACCUCCACUUAGGUAAACUCGAAUUGAGCUACAUUGAACAAAUCAUAAUUCUCUUUGGACCUCAGUUUGCCACUUGAAAGAUAGUACGAAUACUCUGGUAGAAGCUUCAGGCUACAAGGAGCAGAAAACUUACUUAAAGCUGUAUUUAACAGUAAGAAUGGUAUUAUCUCACCUAACUAUUAAGUUCUAAGAUGGGGUGGUUUCCAAGUUAGUUCGCCCGUUAUUUCUCUGGCUCUGGAAUCCUUACCUUUGGCUUUCUCCCUCCAUUGCAGAUAGUGUAAGUGGGUAAAUUUUGUUCCUCCUCUCACAGUAUAUUAGCAUAAUGAUUCAGGCAAAGUCCCUUUUCUUAUUUUAUGGUCUUUCCCUUUAUUCCUAAACUCUAGUCUUAUUUUGCCUCUAUCCUAUAGACACUCAUUCUAAUAUCUUCAAUGUAUGUCUGUGAUGCCUGUCUUGUAAAAUACGUAGAAUUACAUGAAUGUGUUCAAUUCACAUAAGUGAUUCUGUGCUAUAAAUGUUGUUCCUUUUCUCUUUAAAGUUAACAUUGCCUUAGUGGUAUGCUCUUGUUGAUAUAUGUAAACCAAACUCAUAACUUCCAGUGUGCAUAUGCUUUCUUUUUAACACUAAUAUUAACACUUAAAUAGUGCUUAACUUUGUGGCAGGUGCUUUAAAUGUUUUAAUAUACUUCUCACAAAUGAGACUGAGACAGAGAGUUUACUCAGAUUUUCUACGUUCAUUGUUCAAAGUCAGAAUUUGUAAGUGGUGGAGCCUGAAUUUCAACUCAGGCAGUCCAGUUCCAGAGUCCAGGCACGUAAUCACUGUGUGUCCACCACAUUUUACUCAUUCAGUCUCUUGAUUGAUAGAAACCUAGAUUGCCUUCAACUCUCUAUUACCAUAAAAAAAAGCUAAAACAGGCCAUUUUGUAAAUUAAUGUGAAUAUUCCUCUGUGCUGUAUAUCUAUGGGCAUGGUCCAUUUUGCCAAAUAAUGCCCGAUUGGUUUUCAGAUGACUAUGCUUACAUUCCUUUUGCCAAUGUGCAAGAACUCAUAUCCCCAUCGUCACCAGUCUUCGGUGUUAUGCAUCAAUUUUUGCUGAUUUGAUGGAUGUAAAGUGGCAGCUGUUGGUUGGUUUGAUUUGCAUCUCUUAUUAUAAUGAAAUUUGAGCCUUUUUUAUAUGCUUUUUUUCUAUAUGAAAUUGUAUAGAUAUCCUAGUGUGUGAAACUCAGGUACCUGUAUCCUUUCUCUAUUUUUCUAUUUGAUUUCCUGUCUUGUUGAUUUAUAGGAAUUCUUUGUAUAUUCUAGAUAGUAAUCCUUUGUUUUAAACACAACAAAUACCUUUUCCCCAAUACCUACUUAUAUCUUUUGUUUUUUUAUUCUAUUUGAGUUCCCGUUUUGUUUGUUUAUGGGAAUUAUGUGUAUAUUCUAGACAUUAUUCCUUGUUUCAAACAUUUCAAAUGCCUUCUCCUAGUCUGUCGCUCUUAUGAUUUGGAGUCUUGUUUAGGAAGUUUUGAUUUACCCCAAGGUAACAGAUUUUCAUAUAUUAUCUUUAUAGUUUUAAUUUUCACAUAUAGGUCUUUAAUCUACCUGGAGUCUACCUUUAACGUGGUUUCAAGUAAAGAUCCAGCUUUUUUCUCCAUACGGUAUAUUAGUUUUUCUGUCAACACCUGAAAAACAGUUUUUCCAAUGCUUCAUGAUGCCACCUUUAUCACAUACUGGGUUCCCAAGUGUGUACUUUAUUUCUAAGCUCUCCAUUCAGUUCCCUUGGUCAUGUUCUUUGUUUCAGUGCCAGCAACAUGAUGUUUUUAUUACUGUGGCUUUGUGAUAGAGCCAGUUCUACCAGUAGGGCAGGCAUCCCUCCUUUUAUUUCCCCUUAAAAAUAAGACUUAGCUUUAAUAGACCUUUAUUUUUUCAUAUUCAUUUUAGAGUAAAUUUUAGUUUCUCACCAGCACUGCUGGAACUUUUUUUGGAAUGUCAUUGAAGAUUUGUAUAGGUUAAUUAAGGGAAGAACUGACAUCUCUGCCUGGAACACUCCCUCCCCAGAAUUCAAUGUGGCAGGCUUUCUUCACCUUCAGGUCUCCACUGAUGUGUCAGAGAAGCCUCCCCUGACCAUCCAAAAUUAGGUAGCACACUCACUCCCAUAAACUCAUCAUCUUAUUUAAUCUUUUUCAUAGCAUUUAUUACUAUCUGACUUUAGAUUAUUUAUUCACUGCUGCUCUACUAGGAUGAAACAUUCACAAGUGUAGCUCGUUGUUUUGUUCUCUGCUGUAUUCCCAGCACCCAAAACAAUGUCUGCCCUGUGGCAUUCAGUCACUCUGAAUAUGUGUUAAACAAAUGAAUAAAAUCUUUACACUAUUGAGAUUAUCCCAAUUAUGACAUUUAUUCAGAUCUUCUUAUGUCCCUGAACAGUACAUUUUUUUCUUGAUAAACUUCUUAGGCAUUGUUUUUAGGCCAAUUACCAUAGACCAGGAGUUGGCAAACUACACUGGUGCAUGUCAGCCUCGUGGAUGGUUUUAUAAAUAAGUUUUAUUGGAACAUCUACAUUCACUUAUUCAAAUACUGUGUAUGGCUGUUUUUAUAUUACAAUGACAGAGUUGAAUGGCUACAACAUGUGGCCUACAAUGUGGAAACUGUUUACUGUCUUGCUCUUUACAGAAAAAGUUUGCUGAUCUUGCUACAGACUGUAUUUUAAUUGCUAUGUAGAUUGUGUUACAAUUUUUAUUACAUUUUUAAGGCAUUCUGGUACAGAAGAAUACUGUUGAUUUUUGUAAAAUGAUUUCUAGUCUUGCAAACUUGAUUAAUAACUCAUAGUUCUGCUAGUUUUCCUGAUGACUGUGUUGCUAAUAUUCCAUGUUGACUAUCGUAUCAUUGGUAAGAGUGGCAAGGUGAAUGAGUAUGUGCCUCUUUCACCUUUUCUUUGUCUAAAAUUUGUUCAGGCUUUCCAAUACUCUGGUAAUAAUGAGCAUUCACAACCCAUCUUAAUGCUAUUGCAUCAAGUUUCUCUAUUGUAUGAAAGAAAACCAUGGUUUUUACCCUUUGGUUCAUUAAUGUGGUGAAUUAUAUUGACACAUUUUCUGUUGUUGGACCAUCCUUGUACUCCUGGGAAAACUCCUAUGGGUCAUGAUAUUGUCUUCUAAAUAUUCUGUUGAUUUGAGUACCUGUUAUUUUGUUUAGGAUAUUUACAUUGUGGACUACCUUAAUUGCCACCCAGAGAUUAUGCAGUAUGACUACUCGCGAUUUUUCUAGUCUCUCUUCUGGAACUGAAAGCUAUGCACUGUGCUAGGUGCUGGGCUAUAGCAAUGGCUAAGAUACAGUCUCUGUCUUUCAUAGCUUCUAUUAAAAUGGCAGAAAUAGAUAUUUACAGAAUUCAUGUAGUCCUAGAAUGUAUGUGAACAAAGAGCUCCUUCCCAAAACAAAUUAAUCUUUAGCACUAACCAAGUAGACUUUUUCUUUUUCCUUGGAUAUACCCCAAUAUUGUUAUCUUUCUUAAUACUCUUUUACAUUUGCCUUUUCUACUCAUCUCUGCCUAUGUGGCUCUUAUACAACCAAAAGCCAUGAUCAAACAGUGGAAAGCAUGUAACAGUGGUUAAGAGCUCAGGCUGGAGAGACGGAUUGGUUCCAAACCUAGCCAUGCCAUUUACUAACUGUGGGACCUUGGAUGUACUGCAUCACCUCCCAGAGAAUCAAUUUCCUCAUCUGUCAGACUGAGAAUAAUACCUUCAUCACAUAGAAGAUAAAGUGAGCUAACCAGUGUGAAGGCCCUUGACAUGGGGCCUGACAAGGCACGAGAAUUUUCCCUUUCCGUUCUUCUGUGAUCAUUCCUGGACCACAGAAGGCCACUGAAAGACAUCUCUUUCCUCUGACCUCCGAAGUUUGAUGGCAGCCGAGUAACAUCUCUUGUUGCAGGUUUCAUCAUGUUUUCCCUACAGUAAUUCUUUGUACAUCAUGCCUUCUAGUACUACCAUUCAGUAGCUGUUUGUGUCUUGGGCAAGUUACUUAAACUCUCAGAAUGUCUUAUCUGUAAAACAAGCAUAAUUAUAAUACCUACUUCAUAGAGUUAUGUGAAUUAAAUGAUCAGUAUACAGAAGGACCUAGUAGAGUGCUCAUUGAGCAUUUAGCACAGUGCCUGAUAAAAUUUGAUUUACUGAUCAAUUAUUAUGUGUCAGAUAAUGUGCUAAAUAUUUUAUUUAGCAUUGUUCUAAACAUUUUAUUUCUAUGGACCCUAUAACCCCUGCCUAGCUUAGUGCUACUUAUAUAAUAACCUCUCAAAUAUUUAUCGAAUGACUGAGUGACUGAAUUAGUGAAUGCUGAGUUGUAAACCACAAGAAUCUUGCCUGUGUAAGCUGGUUUGUCCUAGGUUAACACUCCUCAUUCCUCUGUGAUGAGUUAGUAUGUAAGCCAUAAGGUUCAGUACCUAUAAAAAGUAGAUUAUGUAAAUUUUCAAAGGUGAAAAAAGAGUUUUUAUCAAAAAAUAGUAAAGAUGACCUGAUUAAACAAUGACAUCACAUUCCUGGA